GAAAAGAAAAAGAAAAACAAAAAGAAAAAUUCUUCAAACCUUAUUCUUCUCCCUCCCCACCAUUAGUCCAACUCCCUCAAAUCUCUCUCUAUCUUCCUCCCCUUUCCUUUUACCUUUCUCUCUCACACACUCACACAGUUACAAUCUCCCUCUCUCUUUCUAUCUCUCUCUCCAAUCAUCCAUUACUUAAUCAAUCAUCAAAAUCUGAAGAAAAGCUUUUUUCUUUUCCAACUGUGGAACCUAAACAGGGAAACCCCACACAAGGUUAAAAGAAGAAAAAAAAAAAAAAGGAAAAGGAAAAAAGAAACACAAAAACCAUCACCACCACCACCAACAACAGCAACAACAACCAGUCCCUCCCAAGAAACCAGAAGAUUCCCAAUUUUUAAUCUGAAAUUUUUUUCUGACUUUUUUUGUUUUUUUUAAAAAAGAAAGCUUUCAUUUGUGCCACCAUUUCCAUUCACCUUCACCAUCUCCACAGACCCAUAUCUCUUUCCUUCCUUUCUUCUUCCACCAUUAUUUGUUCUUAUCAGAUAUACACAAACGAAGAACAGAACAUAGUAGAAAAAGAAAAAAAGAUUGAUUUUUUUCUUAGCCCUAACCCCCAUUUUACUUAUUCUUUUUUGUCCCUUGCUUUAUCUUUAGGAAAAUCAACAGAUUAGCCCCAAAAUAGGAGCAACCCAUUUGUGGGUAUUGCUUGAAUCCGCAAGGAAUUUGCAUAAUAAAUGUCCCAGAUGAAGCACAUUGACAAUAUCCCGUCGACCCCAGGAAAGUUCAAGAUGGAGAAAUCUCCAUACAAUAGAUGGAGGCUACAUUUCUCCCUGGCCAAGCUUACUUUUUGGUCCUUUGUCUUCUUGGGCGUGAUCUUUAUGUUCUUCUUCAGAUCACCUUCUCCCCCCUCACCCCAUUCCUCAGAUCUCUCGAGAAGGUCCCUCAGAACGAGCUCUUAUGACGACCCUGCCUGGGAGAAGAGGAUCAAAGCCUCCGCCAAAGUCAGGUCGAGAAAUGGUAUGUCUGUUUUGGUUACCGGAGCUGCUGGUUUUGUAGGCACUCAUGUUUCUUCUGCCCUGAAACGCCGUGGGGAUGGCAUUGUAGGGCUUGAUAAUUUCAAUGAUUAUUAUGAUCAAUCAUUAAAAAGAGCCCGGCAAGCGCUGUUAGAGCGCUCCGGGGUGUACAUUGUGGAGGGUGAUAUUAAUGAUGUUGCUCUGUUAAAGAAGCUUUUUGACACUGUACAAUUUACUCAUGUUAUGCAUUUGGCCGCUCAGGCUGGUGUGCGUUAUGCCAUGGAAAAUCCUAGCUCUUAUGUGCAUAGUAAUAUUGCUGGCCUAGUUAGUUUACUUGAGGUUUGCAAAAGUGCGAAUCCCCAACCUGCAAUUGUUUGGGCAUCCUCUAGUUCCGUUUAUGGAUUGAAUUCUAAGGUGCCCUUUUCGGAAAAAGAUAGGACAGACCAGCCUGCAAGUUUGUAUGCUGCUACUAAGAAGGCUGGUGAGGAGAUCGCACAUACUUAUAAUCACAUUUAUGGGCUCUCGUUGACUGGAUUGAGAUUCUUCACCGUUUAUGGACCUUGGGGGAGACCAGACAUGGCUUAUUUCUUCUUUACCAGAGAUAUUUUGAAAGGGAAGUCCAUUCAGAUUUUUGAGGGAGCUAAUCAUGGUACAGUUGCCAGAGAUUUUACCUACAUAGAUGAUAUUGUAAAGGGUUGUUUGGCUUCGUUGGAUACUGCGGAGAAGAGCACAGGCAGUGGUGGGAAGAAGAAAGGGCCGGCUCAGUUGAGGGUGUUCAAUUUGGGGAACACUUCACCUGUGCCGGUUUCGGAACUUGUCAACAUUUUGGAGAGGUUGCUGAAGGUGAAGGCUAAGAAAACUAUAAUGAAGUUGCCAAGGAAUGGGGAUGUGCCAUAUACCCAUGCCAAUAUCAGCUCGGCUCAGAGGGAACUCGGAUACAAGCCUACAACUGAUCUACAAACAGGGCUGAAGAAAUUUGUCAGGUGGUACCUCAGUUACUACGGUAAUGGGAAAAAGAGUGCCCAGUGAUACAUUCAUUCAUUUGUGUGGUAGGAUCAUUCGAUUCUUGUUCAUUUUGAUUCUUACAAUUGUUUUUAACAUAUCUCUGUUGGUUACCCCCCAUUAUCUUGUUCACAUAUAUCCUCAUGAUGCCUUGCGAGGGGGCAUUUCCUAUUCCACGAUGAAGAAGCUUUUAUGUUUGGUGAUUGAUGGAUAACUGUUUGCUGGGCAUCGUGGUUCUGUACCAAAAGAAACCUCAAUACCACCUUUUUUCAGUCCUGGGGAUGUAAUUGUUGUAGUUUCAUUACUGUAGAAUUUGUGACCAUAGAACAAUUUGCUGAUUGGUGGACGUGUAUCACUUUAUGAGACUUAAAAUAAAAAUAGCACACGAUACUUCAGCUAUUAUUAAUUCUUAUAGAUAUAUCUUAUUCAUUUAUGCUUCACAUUGCACUUACUUUGCAUCAAAUUUGUGGUGUACUGUAAUGUCAAUGGUUCAAUUUUUUCCAUUCAAUAUACAGAAAGUUGGCUAUUCAGCUGAUCAUGACUUUCACCAAGCCUGUCACAGCCUUUUGAAUAUGUUUUGUAGUGUUUACCAUUGAUGUCUAUUCAUUCUUUAUCUUUUUAUUGUGAAGCACUCUGUAAACAGUUUUGUAAAUCUGUUGUUUCUGCGGCCCCUGGCUUUUGCUUGUUUUGGGUUUUAGGAGUUAAUGGAUUUGUAGCCAAUUAUGAUUUCUUGGAAGAUAGAAUAAGAAGAAGACUCCACUGGGUAACAUUUAGAAGUUAUGGUCGUUUUUCUUGCACCUAUUCAGGGUUUAGAAUAAUAACACAGAACUCCAAAAGCUUAGAGGAGGAUCUUGAAAGAAGAUUGAUGUUUCUGGAUCUUGACAGAAGAUUGAUGUUUGCAAUUUGUGUUCGUAUUUUGUUACGAUCUUUGUCAGAGAAACUCUAAGGUCAGUGGCUUACUUUGGUCACCACUUAUUGCCUGAGUCUUUCCUCUUUAGCUCAAAAGGUUAUGGGAUAUAAAAAGGAAAGAACAGACAUUAUUUCCUUAUAGGUCAUAAUUAUUGCCUAAAACCAAUAGUUUAAUUAAGUUGUAGGAUUUAGGUUACUCAGCAGUCCUUUAAGGAAUGUUGCAAUGUUCAUCGGGGUAUUGAGAAAUGACUAAAUUCAUUACUUUCUGUAGUUUUAAUAUAGAUAUGUUCAGAGUUGCACGGCGGUGUGGUUUAAUGAAGUUUUACGGAAGGGACUAUGAUCAUUUUAUCUUUAAGUUUUGGUUAGUCUGGUUUGGCUUUUUGUAUUAAAUGAAGUUACAAAACACCCUUCAGUUUGUAUUGGAUGUGAUUUUUUCAGCCAAUGAUACCUCUCAUUGGUUGGAAACAGUACCUUUAUCUACAUGUUAAGCAUUUUUGUUUGCACAGAUAUCUGGUUCCUUUCCUUAGAACAUUGUGGUGGUUCAAUUUGUUUUGCUGCUGCAAACAAAAUUUCUAUACCAAAUUGAGCACAUUGAACUAUCUCAUUUCCUCUUCUCGCCAUUUUACUUUGUUCCAAGGGUUGGCUUGUUAGUGUUCUGUGGAACCCUAGUCUGUUCUCCUGCAAUAACGUUUGUGAUUCUGGCUUGUUGCUGGAGCUGAUAGUAUUCAUUUGAUAUUAGUAGUUUCUGAUUACAAUGAGCACGUCAUCCUUCUGUAAAGCGAAAGAUUCACUAGAGGCUCGAUUUCUCUAGCUCUGUAUUACCUGCAUUGAUAUAAACAGACUCACAGUUUCUGAGUUCUUUCUUGAUGGAAAAUUGUUGCCCUGUCCUUUAAAACUGUUGCAUGGCUUUUCUGAACACAACGGCAUUGUAAAGUGUAAACAUGUACUGUAUAGUCAGUAUUUCGUUUAGUUUGGUUAAGUGGUGUCUACUUUACCAACUCUUGAGAAUG